GAACAUAUCGGGAGUCGAUAUGUCACCAAUAUUAGUUAUUAAAAAUCAUACGCCUAUCGGGCUAAUUGAUAGGCCUAUCGGAAAUCCUGACACAGAUCAAAUGAAGCCAUAUCAGGAAUAUGCUUGCUAG